ACAUCACAUCAAGGGACCUUAGCCUUUUCAUGUGCAGGUGACAUAUUGGUUAGCUUGUCUUUAGAGAAAGAAACUUCUCCUUGAGGGGUAAUACAGCAGAAAGAUUGGAGCACCUCGCCACAAGUGGUACAAUGGAGAUGUCACCUAUUGUCACUCAACCACAAUGUCACAGUACUACAAGGAGUUUUGAGUGGCAGUCUGAGCUCUGUGACUGUGGCGACGACUGUAACAUCUGUCUGUGCGGAACCUUCUGCUACUGUUGCCUGGGGUGCAAAGUGGCCAAAGACAUGGACGAGUGUUGCUCUUGUGGUCCUACUGUGGCCAUGAGGACAAGAUAUCGCACUUUGUACAGGAUUCCGGGAUCGAUCUGCUUAGACUGUCUCACAGUCACUUUCUGUGGUCCUUGUAGCCUUUGCCAGCUCAAGAGAGAUAUCAACAGGAGGAAGCAAUUAGGGAUUUUCUAGAUUGGUCAGAGAGAAGCAGGAAACUUGAAGAAGGAUGGGUUCAUGCUCAACUUCUCAGGACCUCGGAGGAUCUUUUGCAAAGUUCUUCAUCAUAGAAGCUCCAUUUUCACCACUGGCAGGAUUCCCACAGGGCUUGUUCACUUUGGGGUUAGCGUUGUGUGGUUUGCAGAUCGUAAUUUAUACUGUGUCCGCAUGUGGUUUUUAUUCAGCAAAUUGUGCCUUAUUUAAUAAAACCAGAAUAACCUGUGAGGCUGUUGUCCAGACCUAGGAGUUCAAACUCUCUUUGGGUACAAUGUUGCAAGUGCAUAGGAUGGAAGAAAAGCCAU